UAAUUUUUAAAGGAUAAAGAAAAUAUAAGUCGAAGAUAAAAUGCUCAAGCUGAAAUCCUGCUGCUUUUGCUUCUCCACCAGAACCGGAAGUAUAAUAUCUGCCGUCCUUACCUUGAUUGGUUCUUUGAUACAUUCCGGUAUUAUAAUAUUCGCUUUGACGGCAUGGAACAGAAAGGAUACAAAAUAUUUUCCCCCGGAAAUCACUGAAGGGAACAUCAAAAGUAUAAUGAUUGCUUGGGGAUUUCAACUGUUUUUCGCCAUAUGCGUGCUCAUAUCCUCCAUUUUCUUGAUAAUAGGCAUUCAACGAAAUAACCGACGCUUUUUUUGGCCGUGGAUGGUAAGUAUGGUAAUCGGAUUGACAAUGGCCUUCUGUUCAUCUCUCGUUGUUUUGGCUAUGGGGCACGGAACUCAAAUUAUAACAUAUGGCAUCUCGUUAAUAAUCUCCGUAUCCUUUUGGAUUUAUUGUUUGCUGUCUGUCAUAUCUUAUUACCAAGAUUUGGAACAAACAUUUUGAAAAGGGUACAAAUAGGAACUACAAGCAAAACAAUAUUAACUUAUUUAUCAAAUAAAAUAUAAGGGA